AGAAAUGUAUAUCCCAUCAACAAUCGAAGAAACCUAAUAAAAACUUUUAGUUUUAUAAAAUAGUUGUUGGAACUAGUAGGAUUUUGAGAACACUCUUAGAUCAAAGUUAAUGGUCAUUUUCUUUUUUUCGUUAUAAUGGCUCCACUGGAUAGUCUAAUGAAGGAACAUAAGAUAGUGAUGUUGGGAAGUGGUGGCGUUGGAAAGUCAUCACUCACUUCACAGUUUAUGUAUGACGAGUUUGAUGAAGAAUACAGACCAACUAAAGUGGAUUGUUACAAAAAGAAAGUUAUUGUUGAGGGAGAUGAGAUUCAUGUGGAUAUUUUGGAUACUGCUGGACAAGAAGAUUAUGCUGCUAUAAGAGACAACUAUGUUCGGAGUGGGGAAGGAUUUUUAUGUGUAUAUAGCGUAUGUGAACCAGAAUCAUUUGCAAAUGCUACUGACUUUCGCGAACAUAUCUUACGUGUUAAAGGUCAAACAAAGGAAAAUAUACCAUUCAUACUUGUAGCGAAUAAAGUAGAUUUACCAGAUAAACGUCAAGUGUCUAAAGAAGAUGGUGAAGCAAGAGCUAGUGAAUGGAAUAUCCCGUAUUUAGAAACAUCUGCGAAAACCAAGGAAAAUGUUGAUAAAGCGUUUCACGAUUUGAUUAAAAUUAUCCAGUCAAGAAAUAAAGAGGAGAAUAAGCCAGGCGCUAAAACAAACAAUAAGAAGAAGAAAAAAAAGAAGAAAAAGAAAAAAAUCCAAUGCGUUAUUUCAUAAAAAUAAUUUUAUUGACUAAAUAAUUUAUAUCUCGCGAAGGAACAAUUUAGAAAGUUGGUUGGUCAGCUCUGUUUAACCUGAGUGAUUUACAAUUUUCCAGAUCUGUCAAAGGGUGUUUUUUCUUCACAAAAAAAAGAGAAAAAAUUCAUUGAAAGUCAUUAGAGAACAGAUUUAUGUAGUUGUUCUAUCUGCUAAAAAUGUUAAUUUUUUUUUUAUCGUCAGCACUGUAUGAAAGACCGGCCUUUCUGGUGAAUGUCAUCUUAUUCCGAAA